GCUCCCAAGAAACAAAACAGAUCUCUAAAACAGAUCCGGAAACUCACAGUGUCACAGUUGGAAGAAACAGAGAUGAAUGUCAGUGCAUCUGAUCUGACAAGAUCAACACUUAUGGAGCUGAAUGUUUCAGAAUCUGGAGAUGUGACUUCCUCCUCUGUCUCUGACAUUGUGGUUCAGGAGGCUAUCCUACCCAGCUAUUCCUGUAAAAAGGGAAAGCCUUCUACUGACUACAGCAUGUCCUCUGCAUCAUCCAACAACUCGAUCCUGUCUUAUCUUCCAGCGUUUCCUGAAGGAACAGCUUGGCAAUUCCAGAGUGAUAGUGUACCUGUUUCCUCCCCAAAGGAAACAUCUAUGCCCAGGAGCCAUGGCUCAUCCCUGCCUACUUCUUAGCUGACAGAUCGUGAGAAAUCAGGUCUUUCUCUGAAUGUGGCAGUUCUUCCUCCCUUCCUUCCCCUCCAGCUCUCUCCUUUGAUCAGAGGAGAACUGGAAAGACAUAUGUCUCAGAAGGUUUCUACUUUGCAGCAUGAAGUGGUACAUCUGCCUGUGAAGAAAUCCUGGGACAUACUCAAUCAUUUGAUGGAUGUACAAGGAGUCCCUGAAGAAGAGCUCCCGAAAACUCAGUUACCUACACUCAUCCCUCAGAGUGCUGAGCAAAAUACCAGCACAGCUCCAGAUCCUCCAUCAUUGCAUCUUCACAUGAACAUUGGGGUGAAUUCUGAAGUCCAUAGGAUGGAGGCAGUCAUGUCACAACCAUUUCCUUCAAGCAGGGAUGAGCACCAAGAACUUAGAUAUAAUCCUUUAGUUAUAUCAAUGGGCCCUCCAUCUCCCAGAAAUUUUGGGGUUAACAUAAUUCAGGAAGAAAAGGCUUUAGUGAAAAAGGAUUCAAAGCACAUGUCAGAGCUGAAUAUAGAGCAGAGGGUCAUACAAACAAAGAUACAGAUACGUAUGGCACAACUAAUCCCAGAAUCAGGGUCAGAGGUGAUAGACUCUGAGGGGUUUUCCCCACAGCUGUCAGAUCAAGCAGAAACCGUGAGUAUAACUCCUCAGCCACUGAAUCAAGUAAUUAAACCAAUAAACCCGUCCUCAGCAUCAACCAUGGAAUUAAAGAGCAUGGCCUCAAGACUGAGUCAAGUCACAGAUAACCAGGAGGUAACUCCUGUGGCAUUGUUUCAUGCCAUGGAUUCCAUGGGGAUGAUUGACAAAUUAAGUCCACAUGUCAUAGAACUAAUAGGAAUAGCCCCAAAGGCACAAUGUCAAGUCAUGGAAUCAGUGAAGACAGACAACACUGCAUACCUAUCAAACCAUAAGACCAGGGAGUAUGAGUGUAGGGCCAAAGCAGACAGUUGUGGAAGCUGUGGAAAUGAUUCCCCAGCCUCGGCAUGGAGACAUGGGAACACUGACCAUGACCUUGGCGUCACAGAAUCAAGCCACAAAACACAUCAGGAUUUCUUCCAGUACAGUACAUUAAUAUGCAAUGGUAAUUAGCUCAAGUGCACUGCCUGAAGCCAUUGAAGAUACAGAAGCCAUGGAUUUCAUGCAGGUAACUCCACUAAGGACAGCUACACGUUACAAAAUCUAGGGCUUUGAUCUGAGGCUCACAGCCUCCAGCUGAAAAUUUGACCCCAGUGUCAGCUCUACCAGAUGUUCCAACAUCUACUGUCCCAGUAGGAACUGUAGAAUCUAGAAGCAUAACUCCACAGCCACCAUCUAAAGUCCUGGAACCAUCAGGAAUGACUGAUGAGCUACUACUGCAAUGUCAAUCCCUGCAUGCUCUAAAGGUGAGCCAGCUAGUCCAGGCAUCUCCCACAGGAAUGAUCACACCACUACAGGUUGUAGAGCCUCAAGUCAAAGAGUCUCUGCAAUUUCAUUCUGGGUUACAGGGUCAGGUUGGAGACUCUGUGGGGACUAUGCCACAACCUCAAGGCACAGAGUGUGAGUCAUUUACUCCAGGACUGUCUCAUCAGUUCACAGACCCUUCGGAGUUCACCCCAUGGCACCAAGGCUUAAAACGUAUGGAGGUAAGCCCAAGGCAAAGUCAAAACAUAACAGAAACUGUGGGGUUGAACUGGCCACAAGUGAAGGAUCCUGUAGAGAUGCCACAGACACAUAAUCAAAUAAUGGAAUCCACGAGAAUGAUCCCAGCAGCACCAUUCCCGGUACAGGACCUAUAGGAAGGGGCCAAAAAGCAUCAAGUUUCAGAUGCUGAAUUAGUGCCAGUCAUACCACUGCUUCAGGAAAUGGAAUAUUUGGGGGGGAGCACAAUCCCACAGCCUAAGGUUAUAGAUUUCAUGGACUUACCCCCAGCACUAUAGAAUGUAAAAUCUCAGCACCUAAUCCAAGAUCCAAGAUUGCAAAGUAUGAAAUCUCAACAGUGGUAUGUAUAGAUGUGGCCCCAGAACUAUAUCAGCAGAAUAUGCAAUAUAAGGAAUUAACCCCCACAUUAUAACUGCAAAGAGAGACAUCUGUGCCAUCAGCCCCUGAGUCUCGGUUUUGAGAUGUGAAAUCUGGUCAACUGACAGUUGAGCCACAAUCCCAAAACAAAAAGUCUGCACGGUUGGCCCCAGGUCCACAGUUGCAAAGUAACAAAUCAGUGCAUUUGAUCCCCAAUUCUCAGUCUCAAGGUAUGGAAGAAGCUCUUUCAGCCCUAUCACAGGAGUUACAAGGAGAUAUAAAAAUGGUGGAGUUGACUCUAAGACCAUCCCUUGAAGAUAUGAAAUCUGUGAAUGUGACCCCAGAAUCAUGUUCACAAAGCACCGGCUCUGGUAAGAUAGAGCCUGUACCAUUGCUUGAGGAUACAAAGACUCUAUUGGUAGAAGGUAGGAGUCUAAUUCCUGAGGCACUGGUGGAGAUUAUGGAAGUUGGUGAACUGAUGCCAAGCACACACUUUAAUGCAACAAAAUCUUUAGAAGUGAGUCCCAGACCAAGUUAUCAUUUCCUAGAACCUGAAGGACUGACCCUACAGCAUCCAGCCUCAGAAGCAAGAGUGAUCUCUGAACCUUGCUGUCAGGUGGAAGAAUGUGCUCCAUUGCCAAAAUCAUCAUUAGGGAUGACUCCAGCACCACUGAGCCAGACCUCAAAAUCUGUGGAGUUGAGCUUACCACCACUCCAAGAUACUCUUGAUACUGGGACCCAGGUGGUCAAGAGAUGGAAGAGACUCCAGAAUCAGGAAAUGCAAUUUAAGAUACUCUGGAUUUGCUACUAGAAUCAGAAGAGCAAAAUAUGAUCUCAGGAGUGAUGGCCCCAGAGCCACAGCCCCCAGAUGUGAAGUUUGUUCAGGUGACUCUAGAACCGUGUUCAGAAGUUACUAACCCAUCUGAAAUCAGAACAUGAAGACACAGAGACCUUCAGAUUGACACUCUCUAAAGUUUAUGAUACCCAGGGGACCACUGUAGACCUACAUUAGAAGUGAGAUCUCUGGAGUUUAGUCUAGAACCAGGAGUGCAAGGUGAGAAAUCGGAGUCCUUUGCCCCAAAUUUGCAAUCUGCAGAAGUGAUCCCUGAACCACCUGUGCAAGUUGUAGAACCCACAGAACUAACUACAUGACCCAAACCACAUAUUAAAGAUGUGAUCCCAGGGCCACAGCUCCACCAAGUAAAGUCUAGGCAAAUGGAUAGAAAAUCACAGUUGCAAAAUGAGAACUUAGCAAAUGUAAUACAAUCAUCAUCUGUAGAUCCUGAAAAGACAAAACCAGAGCCACAUCUACAAAGUUUAUCACCAAAGGAACUGAUUGAGGGGACACAGCCCCCAAAUGUGAAAUCUGUGGAUUUAAAUCUAGGCCCACAGCAGUUAAGUGUCAAAUUGGAAUUGAUGCCAGGGCCAAACAUGCAAAGUGUCCAAUUUCCAAUGUUAUAUCAAGGGCUACUUCUUCAGGGGGAAAAACCAUGUUCCCUGGGGCCAGAAACCAGAUCAUCAGAUUUAUCCUGGGGCCAAAGCUUCUAGAACCACAACCACAACCACCACCUGCAAAGUCAGUAGAUGUAAAGGUAAGACCAUGCUUGCAACAUGUGAGAUUCUCUGAUCCCAUCCCAGAGCCCAAGCACCGAGGUUUCAAAUGUGGAAAGUUCAUGCCAGCUAUUCAGCUUCAAGACAGGAAGUGUGAGGAAUUGAUGCCCAAAGUUUCACGGUGAGAUAGUGAAGUCCAAGCCCCCAAAUGCGGACUUUGGGAAGUUAAACUGAGACCCUCAGUUACAAGAUGAGAAAUAUUCUAAGUCAAUUCUGGGGACAAAGCUUCAAUAUGGAAAAUCUAUGGAGGUCAGUUCUGGCCUAUGCUUACAGGGUAUGAAGUCUUCAGAAGUGAUUUCAGAGGACACACUUGAAAAAGAGAAACCUGUGGGCUUUGUAAAUCAGCCACUGUGGCAAGAUGUAAAAUCUUUACCGUGGACAUUUAGUAAGGCACUUGCCAGGGAAACUUUGCAAUUGGAACUGCUCAGUUAUAGGAUAGGAAAUUACCUAAGGUAACAUCAGAAUUACAUCUUCAAGGUAUGAAACCUGAGGUAGUCAACUGUAGUUCAAAGUUGAAAGGUGUGACGUCUGAGCCCACAUAUGUCCAGACAUGAAGGGAUCAAUCAUGGUGAAGAAUCACAAAUUACAAAUUUAGUCAAGAGCAACUACUUCAAAAUACAAAACCCAUAGUGUUCACUCAUGAGCUAUAUUGGCAACAUAUCAGGUCAUCAGAAUCAUGUGCAAAGCCUCAGGACCUGAAUCUGUGGAAUUCAAUUCUGAGCAAGAGUUGCAAGAUGUGAUGUCCUCUGAGUUGGGCCUGGGAACAAGUCUUCAGUCUUUAGAGUUCAACCCUGGGCCUCAGUUGCAAGAGAUAAAACCUUCUGAGGUGUGAACAGAAACCAAGCUGCCUGAUGAGCCAUUGCUGGAAUUCAAGCAUGAGCCUUGACUGCAAGUUAGGGCGUUCUGUGACCCGAGUGCAGGGCCACAGAUUUACUGUAAAAAUGUUAUGGCAUCCAAUACCAGAACACAAAAUGUGCCCAAGUCCUCGGAGUGUAAAUUCUUCUGUAUGUUUCCUAGGACCAAGUACUCACUGUGUGAAUUCUUCUGCAUGCACCCCAGGGCCAAGUCUUCAGUGUGUGAAUUGUUCUGUAUCCACCCUAAGACCAAGUACUCAGUGUGUGAAGUCAGCGUGCUCUCCAGGGCCAAGUCCUCAGUGUGUCAAUUCCACUGAGUGCCGUCCUGAAGCACAUUUGCAAGGUGUGAAUCAAUGGGCAUCAAUUCUAGGACCACACAUUCAGUGUGUAGAUACUACUGGGUGCAAUCCUAAAUCACAUUUGCAAGGUGUGAUUCCUUCCGCACCAACUCCAGGCCAUAACCCUCAGUGUGAACAUUCUAAUAGGUGUAGUUGAGCCACUUCUUGAUAUGAAUCAUGGUAGAACAUUUCCAGCACAUCAAAUUAUGUGUGUAAAUUCUGUUUGGUGCAGUACCAAAACACAUUUGCAAGAUGUGGAUUCUUCUGCCUGUACUCAAAGACAAGAGUCACAGUCUGUAAAUUCUACCAUAUACAGCCCUAGGCCACAUUUACAAGCUCUGAAACUUCAAGGUAUGAAGUUUUCUGAGUUGAACCCAGAGACAGGAAUUCUAAGAGAGAUGCCUAUAAUAGUUAAGCAAGGACAACAUGUGCAAGAUCUGAAGUUUGAAUUAAUCCAGAGUCAAAUAUUAUAGAUGUAGCACAUGUAGAGUACAACCCUGGGCCACAGGUACAACGUGUGAAUUUUUCUGAAUUGAAUCCAGGAUUAAAAUUACAAUGCAUAAAUCCAGUGAAGCUUAGUUCAGGGCCAUAGUUGCAAAACUUGAAGUCCUUUGAGUUGAUGCCUGGAUCAGAAUCUCAAUGUCCAAAAUCUGUUCUGUUGAACUGUGGACCAUCUUUUCAAGAUGUGAUAUGAUCUCUCUUAAAGGUAGGGGCGGAGUUUCAAGAGAUCCCAUUUUUGAAGAACCAACUUUGGAUGUAGCAGCAAACCACACAAGCAAUGUUUUCUUUGAGGCUUCCAACAAAUGGUGUGAAAUCUGUGGGAGUUUCACCAACCCCAGUGCCUGAAGAUAGAAUGUCUCCAGACAUGAGCAAACAGCCAUUGCUUUGUUUUCCAAAUUCUGUGAAACUGACACCUGGCUGCAGUCUGCAGGACUUUAAGAAGUGAGGAAUUUUCACCUGAACCUUGUUUUGAAAAUGUUACAUCUGUGAAGUUGAAGCCAGGGUCACCGACUCAAGGUGUGAAUUCUCUAGUGUUCACUCCUUUCCACUGUUCUCAAUGUGCUAAGUGUUGCUUUGCACCAGAGCCAUGUUUUCAAGAUGUAAAGCCUGUGCCACUGAGGCUCUGCUCCCAACAGCCAAGCGUGGGUCUCCAACAGUUUCCUUUAAAUGACAAACUAAUGGUACCAACAGCAGAGUCCACUGGGGAGUUCUUAGCAGGACCAGCACUGACUAGCGUCAAAUUUUCAAAUUUGAUUCCAGAAUCAUAGCAAUAGUGUAUGAAACUGACAGAAUUUACUUCAGAGCCAUAGUGACAAAGUGUAAAACAUGUGACAUUGUCAUCAGUGUCUCUGCUGCAAACUGGAACCUCGGUGGGGUUAUCACCAAGACCAUUCCUUCAAAAUGUGACAUCUGAGAACCAAAAUCCCCAAACACGUGAUCAAAUUAUAGAAUCCUCUCAAGUGAUAUAUAGACCAGGGCACUAGUUGGCAUACUAUACUGAGAAGAUGAGGCGCCAAUUCUCUAAAUUGGUGGAUUUUAUUUCACUACCAGAUCAUCAAGAUGCAGGAUCUUCAGAAAUGACAAAAGGGUUGGGAUAUAAAAGCCUAGAAACAAUAAAGGAAUCUAUGAAGUUGACACCCAAACCAAUAGAUAAAGUCAUAGAAUCAUUAGUGAUGCCUCAGCAGCUCAAUCUUCAAGAACCAGAAUCUGUUGAUCUGACUCCCACACUAAGUGAUCCAGAUUUGAUGUCCUUAGAAUUAACCCCACAGAAAAGCUUCCAGAGCCCAGAAACUCUGGAGUUGCUUUCUUGUUUGUGGCCUCAAUUUAAAGAUUACAAGGAGUUGCCAACA